AUGAUGCAUCUCUUUGUUGCAGUUAUAUUUGUAGCACUACCACUAUUCCCUGUUGAUGCUAAUGCUUUCACCAAGACUGACUUCCCUCCUCACUUCUUGUUUGGUGCUUCUACUUCAGCUUAUCAGGUAGAAGGUGCAGCAGACCAAGAUGGCAGGAAGCCAAGUAUAUGGGAUACCUAUGCACAUGCUGGCAAUGGAGGGGCAUACCAGGGAAAUGGUGACAUUGCUUGUGAUCAAUAUCACAAAUAUAAGGAUGAUGUCAAACUCAUGGCGAAAAUGGGCUUAGAUGCCUAUAGAUUUUCCAUAUCAUGGUCAAGACUUAUUCCAGAUGGGAUAGGGCCGAUAAAUCCUAAGGGAUUGGAGUAUUACAACAACCUCAUCGACGAACUAACAAGCCAAGGUAUCCAACCACAUGUCACAUUGAAUCAUUGGGAUUUACCACAAACACUUGAAGAUGAAUAUGAAGGAUGGAUUAGUCGAAGAAUUAUAAAAGACUUCACAGCAUAUGCCGAUGUAUGCUUCAGAGAGUUUGGAGAUAGAGUUAAACAUUGGACGACUGUGAAUGAGGGGAAUAUGUGUUCCAUGAUGGGAUAUGAUGUAGGGGCUGUACAACCUCAAAGAUGUUCUCCUUCUUCUAUAUUUAACUGCUCCAAAGGCAAUUCUUCAACCGAGCCGUAUUUGGUUACUCAUCACAUGUUGUUAGCACAUGCAUCAGCUGCAAAUCUCUACAGGAAUAAGUACAAGGUCAAGCAACAAGGAUUUAUUGGGUUUAAUAUCCUUGUUCAAGGAUAUCUUCCACUAACAAAUACCAGCGAAGACGUUAUCGCCACUAAAAGAGCCCAAGAUUUCUUUGUAGGGUGGUAUCUGAAUCCUUUUAUUUUUGGAGAUUAUCCCGCCAUCAUGAAAAAGAAUGUUGGCUCGAGGCUUCCUUUCUUCACCAGUACGGAAUCAAACCUCGUCAAGGGAUCAAUUGACUUCAUUGGAAUCAAUUUCUACUAUGCAUUUCAUGUUAAGAACAGCCCUGGCAGCCUGCAGAUAAAGAAUAGAGAUUUCGUAGCAGAUAUGGGCGUGGAGCUUAUUUACAUCCCUCAAAAUAUUUCCUUACACGAAGAGAUUCCAAUUACACCCUGGAUUUUGGAACGAAUGCUUUAUUCACUGAAGAAAGAAUAUGGAAAUUUUCCAAUUUACAUUCACGAAAAUGGACAACUAUUACCUAGUAAAUCAUUAGACGACAGACCAAGGGUGGAAUAUAUUCGUGAAUACAUAGGGAGUCUGCCUAAUAUGUUGAGGAAUGGACUGGAUAUAAGAGGUUAUUUUGUGUGGUCCUUCUUGGAUGUGUUUGAGUUACAAAGUGGAUAUGAAGCAAGUUUUGGUUUAUAUUACAUAGAUUUUCAAGAUCCAACUUUGAGGAGACAACCUAAACUUUCUGCUUUGUGGUAUUCAAAUUUUCUCAACAACAAAACCGCCAUGAAAAUUGAGGAGAAUUCAUCUCUACUCUCAAACACUCCUCAUAUUGCUACUUAA